GACGUCGACCAGAAAAUCUCCACCACCCAACGAUCGCUCCUCCCUCUCCCUCCUCCGCUGCACGAUGUCGAGCAAGACCAAGAGCCCGAAGGCAGCCGGCAAGACCGGUGGCCGUUCCGCCAUUGAGGAUGUCGUCGCCCGCGAAUACACCAUCCACCUGCACAAGAGAGUCCACGGCGCUACCUUCAAGAAGCGUGCUCCACGUGCCAUCAAGGAGAUCCGUGACUUUGCGACCAAGGCUAUGGGUACCUCCGACGUCCGCCUCGACCCACAGUUGAAUAAGAAGGUGUGGGAGUCUGGCAUCAAGGGCGUCCCAUUCCGCCUCCGUGUCCGCAUCAGCCGUAAGCGUAACGACGAGGAGGGCGCCAAGGAGAAGCUCUACUCCUACGUCCAGGCCGUCAACGUCAAGAACCCCAAGGGUCUCCACACCACCGUUGUUGAGGACCAGCAAUAGAUGUGGUCAGCCUGAUGGGUUAGGGAAAAAGUGACUCGAUGAUGCAUCAACUAGCCAGGCGUCCGAGGCGUUAGAGAAAGCCGUGGAUGGGCUAUGAAGCGCUAAAGAAGCGUAUGAUUUAGAGCGUACUCAGAUGAAAGUACGUCUUUACGCCAAUUGAGCACACUUUUCUC